CCUGAGGCUGCCACGAAUCUUGGAUCUAGGCCUGGUUGGGGAUGGCCUCGCAGACAAGGCGGCUGUUGCGGCGGCGGCGAGGGACAAGGGCGACCAGGGCCGGAGCAAGCUCGAAGAUGGAGGAGCCCUGAAGCCAAUGAUCGGUCCACAAUUUGCAGGCGUGUCCGUCACCCAAAAUCCAGGAAGUGGAGGAUCGAAAGAUUUGCUUGACCUCAGGCUCGCAGUGUGGAGGAAGAUGGUGCUAAGGGCGUUUAGGGCCAGUCUCUUGGAGCCACAGCCAGAGCACCCGAAGAGCAAUGCCGGUGCGUUCCAAGUCCUGAAUGCUGAGGACGCCGAGCUCCAAGGGGCGGCAUGCCUGUGGCAUAUAUAAAUAUCCUGUCUUGGUUGCUUUAUAUUUACAAGGUCAACUAUAGUGCAAGAAAUACUACAUGCAAACUCUUUAUAUGCAACAGAGAACAUCACAUUGAUUUUUGAACUGCAGACAUGUGAUACUUGGGAAAAAGUUAAAAGUGGACUGUAGCCUAAGCUUGAAGAGCUAUUAACUGUAUGAGUGGAACUCCUGGCCAGGCCUAGAAAAAUCCUUGUUCUUGUAUGGUGAAUAUUUUAUUUGAGUUUGUUGAUUGCUAACAGAUCUGUUCUCAUGAUCGGAACUCCUGGCCAGGCCUAGAAAAUCCUUGUUCUUGUAUGGUGAAUAUUUUCUUGGACACUACUAUGCAGCGGCGCAGCAUCUGAUGUUUCCCGUGCGGCGCUCGCUGAUCAGGCAGUAAAGCUUGUCGCGCUUGCGCGUGAGCCCCUCCCGUCGCUUAAUGGGCCGUCCAAACUCGGUCAAUCUCUUGUCGUGCAUCGCCGUCUCUUGCACCUUAACUCACUCUCGUGUCGUUUUCACCACCAAAUCCUAGCGCUGCUUCUCCCUAAUCCACCAGCUCAACCAUUGCACAAUGAUGUAGAUAAGCUGCCCAUAAACAUGUAGGAAAAAAAAGGAGUCGUGCUAGCGAAAAAAGGAUGAUCUGACAUGAUUGCCAGGUUGAAGCAGGUGUAGAUACACAUGGUUGUCAUGUUCAACCAGAUAUAUGUUAUCAGGUUUACAUGCAAUUUCCAGGAAAAUUGUGCUGAGUUGCCAUAUUAUUUCAUCCUGCUUGUCGUGCUGUCUACAAGCGGUUGCCAGGGGAAUUUGUUGUGUUUACCAUUUUUCAUUGUACUGGGUUGCCAUCUUAUUUCAUAUUACUUGUUGUUCUGUUUAUGCGUAAUUGUUGAGAUGAUUUACUGUGCUUGCUAUUUUAAUUUUAUCGAGUUGCCAUGUUUAUUUUAUAAUGCCUGCUGUUUUAUUAACAUGUAAUUGCUGGGAUAAUUUGUUGUGCUUGUCAUUUUUAAUUGUGCCAAGUUGCCAAUUUAUUUUGUCUUGGCGUUUUGUUUACACACAGUUUCUGGCAUGAUUUACUAUGCUUGCUAUUUUAAUUGUGGAGUUGCCAUAUUUAUUUUGUACAACUUGCCAUUUUGUUUACAUAUAACUCCUGAGAUGAUCUGCUAUGAUUGCCAUUUCAAUUUGUGCUGAUUUGCCAUAUUUAUUUCAUGCAUCAUGACAUUAUUUGCGAAAAAUUGAACUUCUCAAGGUGAUUUGUUGUUUUUAUGUAUGUCUUGGUUAAAUUGUGUUAAUCAUUUAAGCUAGUUUCCUUGAAACACAAUGGUUCUUCAAAAAUGCAGUUGUCAGAUUGUUUAGGAAAAACAACCAAGUUUUUGAAAAUAAUUACCCGUUGAUUCACAAAAAGAUUAAUAGCAUGUAGAAUAGAACUGAAUUCUUUAUUUAUUUAAUACAAGAUGUACAUCUUGUGGAAAUCGAGACAGAACACUGUAGCAGCCCCCGUGCAAGCAUAGCGCAACGGUGGUGCUCAAUGUAGCGAGUGCUUGUAGCAAACCACAGCCUGUAGCACACUUACCCCGUUUUUCUUCCUGGGCCUGGUGGCCUAGUUUGCUCGCCCCAAAACAAAUCGCGAUGCUACUAUUUAGUUUAUGCAGAGCCGAGCCGCAGGGGAGAACGAGCGUGCGCACAUUGGAUUUUCCCUAUUUUCUUUUGAGUUUGUUGAUUGCUAACGGAUAUUGCUCAUCAUCCUGUAGUCAUAACUGAUUGGUGUCAUCAACGAUUCACCUGUUUUGGUUGCUCUCAAUUUUUUUACAAGAAUGGUGUAAGCAAUAGCUGCUGCCAUGCCGCUUUAUAGGGAGUACCCAAGAAUCAAGUGUUAGAUGGCCUGUUUGGUCGAAUUUCUGAAGGCCUCCCACCCUCACCCCCACCCCAGAGGAGUUAAAUAACUACAAAACAGUCCCCUUCCUGUUGUUUAACUCUAUGCAACGGGGAAUAUUGCAUACGUAAUUUUCUAGUUGCAAAAAUGUGUUUUUUGUAGAUUGAUCUAGCGGAAGUUUCAUGUGAAAAGUGAGCCUGAAGAACUGUUAGCUCUAUAUAAUUGGAACUUCUAGCCAAGUCGAUGGGUUCCUGACUUUCUAUCAUAAAUUUGCCUAUUUCAGGCAGAUCAAAACCAGGCAAUUUCAAUGGUUUCAUAUUAUGCUUCAUCUUCAGAACCUGCCCAAGUUCGUGGUAAAACUGUAUAUAUCCAGUAUUCAAAUAGGCAAGAAAUUACAAACAAUAAAGGCACUGGUGAUUCUUCUGGCAAUGUCCUGCUUGUCACCUUUGAAGGUGUCCAGCCUAAUGAUGUUAGCAUAGAUGUUAUCCAUUUGGUAUUUUCUGCUUUUGGGUUUGUUCACAAGAUAGCAACGUUUGAGAAAGCCGCUGGUUUCCAGGCACUUAUCCAAUAUACUGAUGCUCCAACUGCUCUAGAGGCAAAAAAUUCGUUAGACGGAAGAAGCAUACCGAGGUAUCUACUGGCUGAACACGUCAGCAUUUGUCACCUGCGCAUAACAUUUUCUGCGCACAAAGAUUUGAAUAUUAAAUUUCAAUCACAUCGCAGCAGGGAUUACACAAAUCCUUAUCUUCCUGUUAAUCCAACUGCAAUCGAGGGAAUCACACAGCCCAUAUUAGGCUCUGAUGGGAAGAUUAAGGAGCCAGAGAGCAAUGUGCUUUUAGCAUCAAUCGAGAACAUGCAGUAUGCUGUGGGAGUGGAUGUUCUACACACUGUGUUCUCUUCUUUUGGUGCUGUCCGAAAGAUUGCAAUGUUCGAGAAGAAUGGUGGAAUGCAGGCUCUUAUUCAGUAUCCAGAUAUAACAACAGCAGGAGUUGCUAAACAAGCUCUGGAGGGGCAUUGCAUAUAUGAUGGUGGUUACUGUAAGCUUCAUCUGUCAUACUCUCGUCAUACUGAUCUGAAUGUGAAGGCACAUGACGAGAGAAGCAGAGACUACACCGUCUCGGAUCCUAGUGCUCAGGUACAAGCUGCAGGUCAAGCCCCUGGUCUAAGCACUCCUGGAGCAGCAUGGCAAAGCACCACGCCUGCUGCUUUUUAUGGAAGCUCAGCAGGACCGACCUCUAUCGGACAAGUGCCAGCCUGGAAUCCUAACAUGCAGCGAGGGGCAUUUGCACCUGCAUCAACCUCGUACCCUACCCAAUUAUUGAUGGCAAACCCAGGCCCGCACUUUCCAGCAGUCGGAUCAAGCUCUGGUGCUCCUCCGAUGUUGUACCAAGCUUCGCAGCAGAUGGCACAUUAUGGCACAGCCCCUGCUGCUCUGCCUCAUGCAGCCUUGUCUGGCGAACCGAUGUACUUCCCAAAAUGAGCUAUUCAUCCAAUAGAGCAGUUGCCUAUGCUUUGUGCAGCACCUCUGGUCUUCAAUUUUUGGAACUGCACUGUAAUGCCGAUCUGUUUUUCUUGGUACUUGUGAGACCCCUGUGGCAAAUGUACCUGUCUGGCUGUUGGUGCCUGUAAACUGCACAACAAAAUGGAAAAUUACUCGAGCCAUGUCAGUUCAAUCCAAAACCUGAUGUUCUUUC